CACACUAUCGGUGUUUAAACAAUCCAUCGUUAAGUGUUUAUGUCAGGUGAACUGAAGCCAAGCUACUGAAGUGAAAUCUCACUCUGGAAAUCCAGUCAUAUCAAAAUGGAUUGGAUAAUAAACCAAUGUAUAUAUAUAAUUGCAUUGUAUAUCUUAGUGCCACAACUGAAUAAGCUAAAUUAGUCAAAAAACAGUUAAAAACUUUUCAAACAAAAAAACAAAAAAAAUAUGACUGAAGUGAAAGCUGUAAUUAAGAAUGCUGAUAUGAGUCCUGAAGUGCAAGAGGAAGCAGUAAGAGCAGCAGUUCACGGAAUAAAUACAUAUAAUUUGGAAAAAGAUAUAGCAGCAUAUAUAAAGAAAGAAUUUGAUAAAAAAUAUCAACCUACAUGGCAUUGCAUUGUCGGUCGAAAUUUUGGAAGUUACGUGACCCAUGAGACGCAAAACUUCAUCUAUUUCUAUCUAGACGAUCGUGCAGUGCUGUUAUUUAAAUCUGGUUAGAAUAAAAUCGAAAAAAAGAACAAAGAACAAAAAUAACCCAUCAAAUAGACAACCGAAUCAAAUGCGGAAAUAUCAUGUUAACUAUGCAAGAUGAAUUUAUUAUUGCUUUAAAAAUAUAAAUAAAUAAAUAGUUUCACUAUUUAUAUUAUUGUUUGUAUUUAUUUGCUUAUUUUUUUCUUUUCCUUAUUAGCUAAAUUAUACAAAACUAUUCAUAGUAAA